AUGUCGUCGCGUCCUGGUUGGCCACCACCGCCAUUGAAAGGCAAAGCACGAAAGGAGACCAAGAAACAUCAAGUUCUCGAGAAUUCUGUGCUUCUCCCGGAAGUCAGGCCCAACCGUGUUAUCGCCAUAAGGGAGUUUGUACCGCUGGCUCAUUUCAUCUCUGAAAAGCUCUCAGAUCCUUUCAACGUCCCUGAAUACUUUGCUUCAGCCCUGAAUUGGGUCAUUGAAACUCGUAGGCGCUUCUCCAGCUUACUAGGAGGAAUCCGGAGGUUCCAAGAGUUCCACAGUGAUAAGAAACAUGUCUUCUUUGUCACUGUUCUGGAACGGGUUCGUGAGGCUUUCAAGCCACACGUUGAUAAGUUCGAUGUAUCUGGCCUGAAAGACGCCGCAAGCAGGAUCAGCCACAGUGGUACAACCGACUCCAAAAACGGCAACGGACCGAAGAACAUGUUUGACGCGUUGAACUUCUACGAACCGUCUCAGAGUUUUCUGGCAGCCCCCGAUAUCGACCGCCCUGCGCAAGCCCUUGCAGAGUACGUUGCUGAGGAGGAUGACUCCGUGACUGAAGCUCUUUUCAUCUACACCGCGUUCCUCAAAGAUCUUGCUCAACUUCAGGAUGAAAUACUUGAGUUGUGGAGCGAGUACAAAAAGGGCAGCGUAGACCUAGCUGCUGUCUCGGUGGCUACCAACACUGCUCUCCAACUCGCACGCAACAUGGAACAGGGCAUAGCACCUGCCAUGGAAAAACUUGAAGGUGCCAUGGGUGCUAUUCACAUGUUUUAUGAAGCCGCCUGUGCAGCACGAGGAUUAGAUCCUCUUGAAAAAGAGAAUUUUGGCGACGACUUCAAUUACAAGUGUUACCAAGACGGCUCCGAGCUUUGUUUUAAUACUUUCAGCCUUCUCAACUCUUUCAAUAGUAAGGUUACCGAUCUCCCUACCUAUAAUGGGAAGUUCGGCUGGUACGAUGAUGCGAUUCGAGCCAGAAACAACCGUGAGCGAUGGCAAGAGGAUAAAGCAGCGCUUCUCGAAGUCUUUGUAGACCAAGCUUUGCUCUUUCAAUUACUGAGGGCAGUUCCAGUUCACGACGAAUUCACCAAAGGGCUAAAGACGAUGCUGGAAACCCGCAAGAUCCCAGUAUGGCUUUGCUUCGCGGCGCAGGUGUACCUUGACGUCCUCAAAUUUCUCGGUCCCUUUGUGCGGAAUAGUGAGAAAGACUUCCAAAGAUUCAUAGGAUCUAUCGCGGACAGUGUCAGCAAGGCUUUGCGUCACCUCGGCAAUCGAGAAGCUACCGUCAAGGAAAAUAUGCAGGAUUGCCACAAGUUGGCCACGAUGUGGGAUCCCGGUAAAGAUUCCUUCAAUGCGAUACGCAUUGCCUCGGGGCUUCAGGAUAGGCGAUCCAACUUCUUGGAGCAUCAUCCAAUGUACUUUGGCCUGCAUCUGCACUACGUUCGGGUACUGUUUCACCGUGCCGGCAUUGAGUACGCCGCGAAGCCAGGCAACAUCAUGCACGGCAUCCAGCUCUACCAAGCUGUGCAACAGGAGGGUCUCCUCGCCAGUAGAUACAACUGGAGUGUUCUUGACCUGAUGCUUGAGUCCCAGGGCAACUCAACUUUCUUCGUUGGAGAUCCCCCCAAGUCCCCGGACGCUUACUUCAAGAACUUUGGUUUGUCCAAAGGAGUGUCAGCGGCGCAGUGGGUACAAAAACGAAACAACAGCAAACGUGUGACGACGUCAAAGGCCGGUAUCCGCUACAUGAAGUUCAAGGGCAUCUGCUCGAUGUCUUUUGCUCCCAGAAUCGCAGUUGAUUCGGAUUCAAGAGGGCUGAACGCCGAGGUUAUUAAUUUAAUUCUCGAAAAAAGCGGAUGUAUGAGAAAAGUAGAACCCUCUAGCAAUGCUGUAUUAUCAAGCGUGGUCGACAACAGCUCGAAGGGUCAGAAUGAAGAGGUAAAGGUAAUGUAG